UCUUCUUUAAAUGAUGGAAAUGCAACUCUUACCUAUCUUACCCUUGAUCUUCACAUACCCUUUCUUUGGAUCAAUAAUCAAGGAAAAAGGUAGAAGGAAAAUGAAAUUGGAAAAGGCUAUUAUGAAGAGAAAUGCGAGUGAGAAAAUGAGGGAAAGAAAAAAGGGUAGAAGUGAAAACAAGAAAAUAAGGUUCUUGAUAACCAUAAAUGUUCUUGGAAGUGCAGGUCCAUUAAGAUUUGUAGUGGACGAAGAUGUUCUUGUCGCUGGAGUGAUUGACACUGCUUUGAAGAUUUAUUCAAGCGAAGGCCGUCUGCCUGUUCUUGGAGUUAAUGCCAAUAACGUUCUUCUCUACUGCCAAAAUGCAACUUCUGAUGCAUUGGAACCAUGGCAAAGAAUAGGAAGUUAUGGAGAGAGGAAUUUUGUGCUGUGCAAGAGGCGGAAGCAACAGCCACAAAUGACAGAAGCAAGGUCAGAGAUGAUAAGUCGAAAGGCAUUUGGUUGGAAGUCAUGGCUCAACAAGUCCUUUGCUCUUACUAAGAUUUUGUCUCACUGAUACAUUUAUGUAAUUUUCAUAGAGUUUUAUUAAAAAGGACUCCUCUUCUAUUAUUUA